AUCUAUAAAAUUAAAAGAAAGUAUCUGGAAUAUAUUACGCAAACUAAAAUAAAAAAUGUGGUAAGUAUCUCAAGAUGGUGAUGAACAUUUAACAAUCGAUAGGAAAUGAAAAUACAGAGAUUUGAGAUUCAUGUGGAUGGUCAGACUAGCAGAAAUGUAGUGGUGCUAUCGGGGACAGAUUUGAGAGGCACAGUGUACAUAAAUGUCUCCCAUUCACUCAAAAUUCAAAGCAUCAGUGUCUAUGUAUAUGGAAAAGCAAAAUGUAAGUUUGAUCGUAGAUCUGAUAAUGACAAAAGGGAAUUCACGGCAAAAGAAACUUACGUCAAUUACAAGCUCUACCUGUUUGGAGGAUCUCAAACCCAGGCUCAGACAAUAGAGGCGGGGGAUCAUGUGUACCCCUUUGUUAUCCCCCUCAGUACUACAGGGGAGCUUCCAUCAUCAUUUGAGGGCAGAAAAGGUUAUGUGAGGUACACCAUUCAGGGUCAGAUAACAAGGCCUUGGAAGGCAGAUGAGAACAUAGUUCUACCAUUUACUGUCAUUAAUCAUCUAGAUCUCAACGCUUUUCCUGAUUCUGUGAUGCCAAUCAUGCAGUACAGAAGACAAGAAAUAUCUGGAUGUUGUUGCUCAGAAGGGGAGAUAAUUGCUCAAAUGAAGGUGAAUAAGUCUGGUUUUGUCCCCGGGGAACCUAUCAUUGUAGAGAUGGAUAUUAACAACAAGAGUGAAAAUGCCGUGCAGGCCUGGAGUGUAGAACUUAUACAGGAUGUGACUUACACAGGAUUUUCUAACAGUUUGUUUUCCUCUGGCAAUCCAAAGUACAAAACUAAGAGUGAGACUUACACACUUUAUGUGAAUCGAACAUUGGCAGUGGGGGCGGGGCAGCAGCAGGUCUUCACCCGGGCAAUGCCUGUCCCCUCCCUGCCUCCUUCCUACUUAAAAGGCUGCAACAUUAUAGACAUUCAGUAUACACUUACUUUUAGAAUAUCCACUGGCUGGAAUACAAUUUCUCUGGAUAAUGCCGUCAUCAUAGGGAGUAUUCCAUUAAGAAACAUAUCCCUCCAGGUGAUCCAGCCUGUCCCCACAGCCCCAGAGGUCCAGGAUUAUCCCCCACCCAUAGGAAAUCAAGAUUUCUCACUCACAGCUCCCUAUCCUGAUGCUCCUCCAGCUUAUUCCGAGUGUGUGUCGGGGCCCGUCAGACUGGAAGGGGGAGAGGAAGAUGAGGAUGAGGAUAAUGCUGUCCCCCUAGCUAACUGGACCCCCGCCUACCCAGUGUAUGACUACACAGCCCAGGUCAAUCAGGUCAAUGCUGCAAUGCCUCCACCUAUGGCAUCACCUACAGCCCCACCUACUGCUCCACCUGCCUAUGACGAGAUUCAGUUCUCCACCAUUAAAUAGUAAACCAAUGAUUUUAUGUAGACAACUUUGAACAAAUAUAUGUUUUAUGUGUUUACCUGUAUUAUGUAUCAAAGAUAAGGUUAUUUUUAUUCAAAAGGAAAUUUUUUGACAUCAAUGUUUCUUUGUUAGUUGACUUAUUUAGGGUGUACGUCUAUUUUGCGCUUUAUUUAUUGUAGAAGACAUAAAUGUAUUUAUAUAUAAGCAUGUAUACUGCUUUUAUUAUUCCUUAGCAAAUGUUGAUUUUUAA